UCCGCCGCAUAGCCGCAUACAUGCAUAUUGAUCGCCCACAUUGUCGACAUAGCAGAAAUCAGCGGGAGCUCAUUCCGCUGCGGUGGCAACCUUGUACUGAAGCUUUUGUGUGUGUUUUUUUUUUACGUUGGUUGUGAGUGUUUGUGCAGUGGGUAGUUCUCAACUUCUUUACAUUGUAGGACAUCAUUUCCAUUAUGGAUGCCCCGGCUUUUGUACAUGGGCAAUAGAUGUAGGGAGACUCUUAGCGAACAAUCCGAGUGUGUUUUUUAGGAAUUGCUCCAUGCUUAUUGAAGGAUGGCAGCUCGCGGUGGGGAGCAGCGAGAUGCCAGAUUGCUCCGGUGGGCAGAGCGAAGUAAUUGAUCCUAUUUCGGAGGCUCUUCCUCCUCGUGUUUCUUCAAUGGACUUUCUAAGUCUUCCAACAGAGAUUAUACAUUAUAUAUUAAAGCAGUGCACAGUUGCUGACCUAUUUGCUGUGUCGCAGACAUGCCGUGCGUUGCGUGACAUUAUACAAGACGAGUUCCUUUGGCUAUCCAAGUGGCAUGAACUAUGCUCUACCUUCGGCUUGACCCUGCCUGCACCUCAGUUGCCUCAAGAGUCCACAGCACGAUGUUGCCGACGGCUGUGGGCCUGCUACAUCCGCGGGGGAUCGCCUCCCCCGACCUGCCCUCGGUGCCACCAGCGCACCUGCCCGUUAGACUGCCUCGAGACGUUUGAGCGUCGGGUUACGCUCGAUAUCGGCAGCAAGACCUCCUGGCUCAUCAACACCACAUUUGCCUUGGAAAGGCACCCUUCUGUGGUUGUAACUCCAGGGGUUGUAUCAUCGCGGAAGGUGCUGCCAUGCCUCCUGUGCCGCCACCGACGGCAGCUGCUGGGUUACCAGACGGCCAGCCACGUGGACCCCAAGGACUAUCUUUUUGUGCAGCGCAGUGUUCACUCAGGCAACUGGUGCUAUAAUUCAUCUCAGCAGCAUAUUUUAGGGGACUGUUCUGUUGUGUCCAUAGAUAGUGGCGUUGAAAGCAAGGAGUUUCCCCUCUGGUCAGAGGUGUACGGCGUGCUGAGAAGCAUAGAGCCUGGCUGCCGUAUCCUUUCCCCUUUGGAGUGUUUCCGUGGGGGAGAAAGGGAAGCUCAAGACCUGGGAGGAUUUGUGGGUCACCUGCUAGAACAGCAUCGAAUGCUGGAGGAAGUUAAAAAGCCGGGAGUAUCCCUGGUCCUGUGCGAGCCUUUUGGUACGAGUCCCAAAGCACGUCAGGCCCUGGUCCGAAUCUUAUUUGAAGAGCACCAGGUCUCCCGGUUAUGUCUAGUGAACAAAGCCUACGCGACAGCACUUCUGAUAGGGCUGGACACUUGCUUAGUGGUGGACAGUGGCCUCUCAAACACAGUGGUCACUUUGAUUAUCAAUGGAGCAGCAGGGAAGGCACAACACUGUCCCGUUGGAGGACUAGCUGUUUCAAAACACCUGGCAGACUCUAUGAAGAUCAACGGUGAACACAGAUAUGUAAGCCUAUCAAGCUUGGACAGCAGCUCGGUCAAGGCAAGUUGUCGUCUAGCCUAUAACAUAACCCACGAAGAACGCUGCAAGGUGGCUGCCAAGCGUGACAUCUUUGUCCGCUAUAAAUCUACCAAAGGAUCACCAAUCCUUGAAAAGCACUCCUUGGGCCCCGAACUCUAUCUUGCUCCUGAAUUAAUGUAUGCGUCGCUCGGGCUACCUGACAUGAUCAAGAGCCUCCUCGAAGGACUCCAUCCUGGUGUCAUAAGAGAUCUUCUGGGCCACGUCCUGCUAACAGGGGCCAACACAGAGCUCAACGGGUUUGCCUCAAGGUUGGUUCGAGAUCUCCAGGCUAUUCUACCGGAGUACAAGUAUUCUGUCAACAUUAACACGUACGCCGGUGGCCGUAGCUGGGAUGUCGUGAUGGGUGCCACACGGGUUCCUCUGCCCUGCACCCAGAGCCCCCUGAUGUUCUCCAGGGGAGUCAGCCACCUGCCAGGCUCCUUCAUCUGGCUUUCACGGGAUGACUACAUCCUCCAGGGACCAGCUCUUCUCAACAGUGCCCUCUGAAGUCAUUCACCAGUAGCUUUUGCAAAAACUCUUCUGUGUCUUUGACACGAGGGUCGUGUGUACUGCAGUAUGUAUUACCCCACCUGUGGUUGGCCUCUAGUUUUAAAAUGCUGCGCUGUACGGUCGUGCCUACUGACUGAAACCAUAGGAAUUUGAACGUCGAGGUACUGACUUUUUUUUUAUAUAUAUAUUUAUGUUUUCACUUUCCAAGUAGAAGUGAUUAUAAAUAUAAGUUACGCAUUUAAUGAUUAUAUAUGUGCUCCUCUUGUGUAAAGUAAUUGCAGGAUGCUCCUGUGCAAAAUCAAGCUGCUUGGAAUAACCUUCCACGAUGCUCGCUGUUGCAAGUCAUGAGGCGGUAAUUGUGCUAAGGACCUCAAACAAUAAAAAUGAUACUAGCUAAUUAACGUAAUAGUAAUGGCUACUAGACAACACCCUUCAUAGGCAUUACUUGUGCUUGUCAAAAAUAGCACCGAUGUUACAGGCUGGGCACAAAUGCAAUGACAUGUCAGCUUCCGACAACCUUAAGACGUCUCUGCUUCCUCCCACUGAGUCCCGCUGUAAGAGGGUUUAAGCUGUCUCAAACCAAGAGCCACUUCCAUAUCUAUGGCUCUGGCUAUGGAUUCCAUAAUUCUGUCACAUGGUAACGGCUAUGUAGUUAUGCCUUCCCAAGGGUUGAUGUCUCACAGUGUCUGGCUCCUUCGCUUUCCUAGGUACUCUAGGCCGUGCACAAGGGCGUGAAAGUGAUAGCGUAACAUGCACAUUUGUGUCAAGUUGUGGUACAAUGAAACCCUCCUAAAGAUGAUGCGACAACUUUCCUUUUCCUCUUUUAUGUCAGCAUUAGUCACAAUGAAACCAUGACAAAAAACAAUGCUCACAGAAAAAGAAACGUGGGAGCUAUGUCAGUUAGUGUUGACAGUCAUUGCAACUGUAGAUGCAUUUCACUCCGUUCCAUCCAUUUUAGGUUAUUUGUCAUAGACCCUCCUUUCCGUCUUGUUUGAUGUCGAAAGGUUUACGUUGUGUCGACGAAAUAGUUGGGUGGAUACCACACUGCAUACAUUGACAGACAGCAAACUCACAGAUCUGAUGGCAGCAAGUUGGAGGAAAAGCCUCGGUCUAUUUCAUACAGAAUAUGGGGACUUAUCUGUUCGGAAUAUCGGCUCUGCCUAAAGCACAUCUCUUCCCCCUAGUACUACAUUUCUUGCAAUAAUGCAAGAUGUGUCUGCUUUCAUCUCCAUUACCAUAAUCUCCAUUUGCUGGUGCUUGUGAAAUUUUAUUUCCCUCUCGGCUACACAGGGUAUACCACCAAAAAGAAGAGGAAGUUUGAGAAUAUAGAGUGAGUAGCACGAAUAGGAGCUUGGUGCACAAUAGCCUCAAGUGCAUGUAACUGCCAAUCAUUAUAUUCAUAAUUGGUGUUGAUUGAUGUCGAAGCAAAAUUCAGAUAUUCCUCUUUAGUCGCAACCUAAAUUUGCUGAUGUCGCACUUUCUUAGUCCAGCUGUCAGUACGCCUACAUAUCUGUACCAACCUGUAUGUACAUAUAUAUUUGGUUUACCACUCCCUGUCAUCGUUACAAGGGGGUUUUCAUUGUACUUGAAAGUGUAGGAAACUAAGCAGCAUGAGUGUUCUUCACCUCGAAAGGGGAGAGAUAGGAAUUGUAAAGACUGAAUGUACUAGCUGGUGUGUUCACUAGGACUCUGUUUGUGUCGGAUGACCGUUGCCAAUGCUUUGCCAAUUUGCUGUUUACUGAAACCAUUCCUAAUGGACUCAACAUGUAGUCUUGAUAGUGUACGUGCCACUUCCGUGCUGCCCUACUUGUUGGAGAGUUUGGCAAUGCUAGUUAUUUAUAUCUUUGUGUUUCUUUACAGGCUCUUACAGAUUAUGUGUAACGUUCACAUGAUGUCAUUACCUAGUCCGAUGCAUACUGUAUUAUAUAUAAUUAUGUAAGAGAAUCUCUGUGGCCUAGUAGGAUUGAAUGUUUGAUACUUGUUUCACUUGUGUUGCUGUUGUGUGACGAAGAUAAUAAAACAACGGCGUCCAACACGG